UGAAUGAUUUAAAUUUUAGAGUAUUUAUUAAUAAUUAAGCUAUGAUACAAUGUUUAUUAAAAUUACUUUAUUAUCAAUAUUAAUUUUUAUGUAUUAUGUAAAAUGCAAUCAACAAGAUGAUUGCAAAUAUGGUGAGUGGUGUGCCUGUGAUGAUGAUUGCUGUCCCGGUUUCAUCUGUCAACAGCAUAUUAUACCAUUAGAUGGACAGUCGGGUUCUAUUCAAUCUCAACCAGCAAUGUGUGUACCAAAAACAUGUCAAGCAAUUGGCGAUAUGUGUGGAGGAUAUGCCGGACUUGAAUGUUGCAAUGGUCUGACCUGUAAUGCACCGGCAAAAUGCUGUGAUAUGUCUGGCAAAUGUGAGUCUAAAUGUUUAGUCGAUGGACAGUCCAGUUGUCUAAAUAAUGAUUUAAAAUGCUGUUCUGGUCUCAAAUGUUUCGGUAAUUUACAGCAAUCAAAAUGUCUGAAUUUUAACUGA